AUGAUAUCCAGACUGAUAAUUUCAUGGAGUCAUCUUUCUAUCGUGGGCUUCCCCUGUGACCAGUUCGCACACCAGGAACCAGGCGCCAACAAGACUGAGUUACUAGCUGGACUCCUGGUAUGUCCGCCCCGGCAUGAACUACACGCCUCACUUCACACUACACAUGAAGAUUCACGUCAAUGGCGAGGACGAACAGCCCUCUACAGAUACCUUGAAGGUGAGUCCACAUUGAUGUACUCAACAGACAGUCCACAGAUACCUGAAGGUGAGUCCACAUUGAUAUACUCAACAGACAAUCUACAGGGACCUGAAGGUGAGUCCACAUUGAUAUACCCUCAACAGACAAUCUACAGAUACCUGAAGUCUGUAAUAAUUUCGUCCGACUUCACCUUUACUUCUCAUCAACACCUUAAUUUUGUUGUCGUGAUUCUUGUCCUGUUCUCUCUGGACGCUUCUUACGACAGAAGCGAGUCAUUUUGGGAUCCUAUCAAGGUGAACGACAUUUCAUGGAACUUCGAGAAGCUUCUCAUUGACCACAAUGGCCGCCCACUCUUCCGGUUCCGGCCGGAUGUUGAACCCAUGGAUCUGGAAGAGCUGGUUGAGCUAAUGUUGACAGGUCCCUGGAUCCCGACGAGUGGAACGCGAAAGCAGAAACUGAGCUCCAAAUUAUACACAACAAAAUGAAAGUCAGAGAGGAGGCGAAGAAGAAAGAGG